AUGCCACCCAAAACUAGCGGUAAAGCAGCUAAAAAGGCCGGUAAGGCUCAAAAAAAUAUUUCCAAGUCUGAUAAGAAAAAGAAACGCAGGAGGAAGGAAAGCUACGCAAUUUUACAUCUACAAAGUGCUGAAGCAGGUACAUCCAGAUACCGGUAUUCCAGCAAAGCGAUGAGCAUCAUGAACAGCUUCGUCAACGAUAUUUUCGAACGUAUCGCAGCGGAAGCAUCCCGAUUGCACAUUACAACAAACGUGCCACGAUAA